CCGAAGCUGCAUCAGUCGGUCGCGAAAACUGCUGAGUGACGGUUGGGCGCCCUGCGACAUUAAAUAUAUAUCUUGUCACACACACACAAACGCACAAACCAUCAAGAACUAACGGCGAUCGGUGAUCCGUGGAUGAGAGACUGAACCCUGAGCCCGCCCAAAACUUCUUCGGCGCAGCAUUUUGUUAUAAUUUUAAUUUUAUUGUUGUUUUUUUUUUUUUAAAUUUGUUAUAUUUUGUUUUUUUAUUUGCUUGCGACCGUUUUUUUUUUUUUUGUUGGCGUUUCGGUGUUUUUAUUUCGGAUUUAUUUUUUGCGGUCAAGGCUUAAACCUGACUGCCGGCAGUCGACCGAUCAAUCGCUUUGUAAACGUUUAAUUUGUGUUAAUAUUUUGCGGCUCGUUGGGCAGGCCGAACACGAAGAAUGAGAUUGGUGUGCAACAAGAAGACACUGCUAUGGUUGCUCCUGGCUGCUGUCCUGGUCACGGCCCUGACGCUGGGCCUCGUCUUUGGGUUGAAGAGCAGCGGCACGCCCCUAAUUAGCGGCGCUGUCGUCUCAAAUGGCAUCGGCUGCGCCGCCAUUGGCGGCAACAUGCUGGAGGAGGGCGGCUCUGCGGUGGAUGCGGCCAUCGCCACACUGCUGUGCGAGGGCCUGCUGCUGCCCCACUCGAUGGGCAUUGGCGGGGGCUUUGUGGCGACCAUUUACACGCGUAGCACGCGACGCGUGGAGACGGUGAUAGCGCGCGAAUCGGCGCCGGCGGCGGCCCACAAGGACAUGUUCGUGGGCCAGACGGCGAUCACGGGCGCAAUGGCCGGAGCCGUGCCCGGCGAGAUUCUCGGCUACUGGGAGAUGCACCGCAAGUACGGUCGCCUGCCCUGGAAGACGCUCUUCCAGCCGUCGAUCAAGCUGGCGCGCGAGGGCCACGUUGUGUCCCGCUACCUGGCGGCGGCCAUCCAGUCGAAGCUGAGCGAGAUCCAGGACGAGCCGUCGCUGGCCGCCAUGUUCCUCAAUGCGAACGGGGAGGCCUACGUGGAGGGCGACUACAUGAAGCGCACCACCCUGGCCGACACACUCGAGCGGAUUGCCGAGAACGGAGCCAGCGAGAUCUACGACGGCGGCGAGACGGGGCGCAAGUUCGUCGAGGACAUCCAGAAGCUGGGGGGCAUCAUCACCGAGCAGGAUCUGAGGGACUAUCGCGUGCAGUGGGACAGCGAUGGCCACAUCGCGGCCAAUGUGACCGGCGGCUACACUCUGUACACGACGCCCCUGCCCAGCAGCGGCCCCAUUCUGGCCUUCAUCCUCAACGUGAUGGGUGACCUGUACACGGACGACAAGGGCGUCUACUGGCAGCGUGCCGUGGAGGCCUUCAAGCAUGCCUACGGGCAGCGCACGCAUCUGGGCGACUACCUCAGCGAUCCCGUUAGCGGGCCCAGCAUCCAGGAGACGCUCGAGAAGAUCCUCAGCCCCGAGCUGGUGGCCGAUGUGCGCAAGCUCAUCCACGACGACAGCACCUCCCAGGACAACCUCUACUAUGGGGCCAAUUUCACGGUGGAGCCCGAUCACGGCACCGCCCACAUGAACGUCCUGGCCACCAACGGCGACGCCGUCUCCAUCACCAGCACCAUCAACAACUACUUCGGCUCCAAGGUCGCCUCCGCACAGACGGGCAUCAUACUGAACGACGAGAUGGACGACUUCUCCACGCCGGGCGUCAUCAACAGCUUCGGCGUGCCCGCCUCACCGGCCAACUACAUCUAUCCCGGCAAGCGUCCAAUGUCCUCGAUGUCGCCCGUCAUCAUUGUGGAUGGCGACGGGAAUGUACGUCUGCUGGUGGGGGCUGCUGGCGGCACCAGGAUCACCACUAGCGUGGCAAUGGUCAUAAUGAAGUACCUCAUUCGCCACGAGACCAUGGAGCAUGCCGUCAACGAUGGCCGCAUUCACCAUCAGCUGGUGCCCAUGCGCGUCCACUAUGAGAGCGAGGUGGAGAGCGAUAUUUCUGAUUAUCUCGAAAAGGUGGGCCACACCAUGUACCAGGAGCCGGCAGGCUCGAGCUUUGCAGCCGUCACAGCCAUCGGGUCGCUGAAUGAUCCGGAGCCGUUCUUCGACCGGCGCCGCGUUGGCAGUUCCCUUACCCUGAAGAACCGUAACAAGAUGCAGCACUAGGGGAGCGCAUGAUCGCUGAUCGGUGCUCGUGAUUUCGGUUUUAUUUAUUAAAAAUAGUAUUAUUAUUAGUCACAAUCAAGGAGGAGAAAUGCAGAAACUGUAUAUAAUUGUUGAAGAAUAUUUCGAAUAGAGAACUGAGUGGCUUCGAUUUUUUAAUGUAAAUAACUGGCUUGAACAGCCGAAUAAAUUUAUUCUGUUAA